GCCAACGUCACCGCCAUGGCCCUGGACCACGCCGCACUCACCUGCUCCUCCCCGUUCCCUUUUAAUCCCCACCUCGAGACCCCCGCGGGAACCCUAGGUCCCUCUCCUUCCCAUCCGCCGCCAGUUUCUUUUCCCCUCCUCUUCUCUGUGAACACCGAACACCACCGCGAGCUCAUCGUCAUCGCCCCGCCAUACCAGACCACCCCGCGCCGUUUUGGAGGCACCAGAAGAACCGCCGCGUCCUCCUCUUGCUCCUGGCGCAAGGAAUCAUCUCGGGAGGCUGCAAAUCGACGUCGCGGUCCUCGUUUCCGCUUCCGGCUGCCUGCAGAGAUUCAACGAUUCCGGUGGCCUCCGUCCACCUCCGUUCCCGCCAUCGAUACCUUGAGCUCUAGGAUCCUCGUCGCCGACAGUGCUCUGACGACCUCCUGCAAGCGGCGCCGCCACCUUCUGGCCGAGCUCGACGAGGCGGUUCGAACGGUACCACGCGCGCGUCCUGAGAUGCUCUGCAUCGCCCGCGCGCAUGAUGCCAGCCUGCGGUGGUCACCGCCGCUCCCCUCGCCGCGCCCGGCAUCAAACACCUACCGGGCAGGCACACAUGGUUCGCCAGCGUGGCAGCCACGUCGUCCCCUGGGCCCCACCUGUCAUCUGCUGCGGCUCAGAUCCACCCCGGUCCCGCCCAGUCAGCGCCUCCGGGCCCCGCGCGUCAGCUUCUGCAGCUAGACCAACCCUUGCAUUUGCUUCUUCCCGGAUAGGAUCGCGAAGUGGUGUGGUGAGAUACGACAAGUCCUCCGGACGUUCUUCGACAAGCUUUAACAGGUAUGAAGAUAUGUUCGAUGAAGACGACGUUAGCAAGGUUACCCUUCCGGCUUGGCCUGGGCAGGGUUAUGGACGCCAUUGUUUAUCUUCAGGACUCUUAGUCCAAUUUGUAUCUUGUCCGUACUCGGACGUAUUCGAUCUUCUGUAUGAUUUGAAUCUUUGUAUUGUAUAUUUGUAUCUUGACUCGUUGGAGUCGUUGUUGUAAUAUAU